UGUUGCGGCACUCAAGAUGUUUUAUUUUAGCACUGAGGUCUUCCAGAUUCUUUGCGUGGGUUUCUAGUGUUGCACACGUGGCGGUUGAAGAUGAAUUUAGGUCGUCGAUGUUGGCUUGAGCGGUGUUCAGGCUUUCUUGUAAACUUUCAUUUUCUUUUUCCAAUUCUGCCACUCUACCUUGCAUAGCCUCUAACUCGCCGAGUCUUGUUAGCACUUUGUCGAGCUUUCCACUGACUUCAUCUAGUUUGGCAAAAGCCCCACAACAAUGGCCGUCGGCUUCGUCGAACGCAUCUUCCCCGUCAGUCAUGUCAAUGUUAUUAUUAUUAUUAUUGUUAUUAUUACUAUUAUUAUUAUUAUUAUUAUUAUUAUUAUUAUUAUUAUUAUUAUUAUUCAUUGUGUUAUACCAGUGAACUUGCUUUCUAAUGGAUUGAAAUUAUCCCUCUCCAUCCAGGAACGCAAUGUUGAAAGUUUACGUGAAGCUAAAGAAGAGCGUGUUCGUGAAAUUCGGAAUGCAGUUGAGUUGAUGAUAGCUCGAUUAGAUACUCUGCUGAAGAGUAAACUACUAACUCUUAUGGGACAAAAAAACUCACUGACUCAGGAAACAGAAUUGUUGGAAUCUUUGUUACAGGAAGUGGAGCAUCAGCUCCAUUCAUGCUCCAGAAGUGAACUUAUUGCCAAAAGUGGUGAACUUUUGCAGAUGUUUAAUCAGGUCCAUCGUAAGCCAAUGGCAUCUUUUGUUAGCCCACCAAUACCAGCUGAUUUUUCAAGUGAAAUUGUACCAGGAUACGACACUAGCACAUUCUGUAUAACAAAUUUCAGUUUGUUACGCAGGAAAGCAGAUCCUGUCUACAGUGAGCCUUUAAAUAUUAGUGGACUAAGCUGGAGACUGAAGGUGUAUCCAGAUGGUAAUGGUGUAGUGAGAGGUAACUACCUGUCUGUGUUCCUUGAACUCUCAGCAGGACUACCAGAAACAUCCAAGUAUGAAUACAGAGUGGAAAUGAUACACCAUGCUUCUCCUGACUCAAGCAAAAAUAUUGUAAGGGAAUUUGCAUCUGACUUUGAAGUUGGUGAAUGUUGGGGUUAUAACAGAUUUUUCCGUUUGGAUCUUUUGGGAAGUGAAGGUUAUUUGAAUACAGCAAACGAUACUUUGAUUCUGAGAUUUCAAGUCAGACCUCCAACCUUCUACCAAAAGUGCAGAGACCAGCAGUGGUAUAUCAAUCAACUUGAAACUGGUCAGACCCAGUACAUACAACAGAUUAACGACUUAAAAGAGCGACUGGCCAUCGAGUUAUCCAGAAACCAUGCACCAACUCCUACAGCGACGGCAGCUGGUAGUGUGUCAGACAUGAGUCACGUGUCUCUUCUGGAGCAGUCAUUAGACAACAUAGACGAUGAUGAUGAUCAUUUGGUAACUAAGCAACAUAGUGAUGUGGGCCAGGUGAUGGUACGCCAGGUGCAGUCCAACAGACCACGUGUUACAGUGCACACAGCACUGGAUGUAGAAACAGCCUCAGGGCCGAUACUUCCGGCAUCAGAGGAAGGCGAAGAAUUGGUGGAUGGAGACUUGAAUGAAGAAGAUGAUAAUGCAGAGGAAGACGAGGAGGAAAGUGCUGCUGACAGUGUUGAGGAGGAUAAUGAAGUGGAAGGAAGGGCUGAAGCUGAAGAGGAGACAUCUGAACCAGAAGGAAUGGAGGAGCAGUCCUUAAGAGAUGAAACUCUAGAGGAGGAAGCUUUGCAACAUCUUGUUCCUUGUUCAGAGAGUCCCCAGGACGACCAUGCUACUGCCCAACAGGAGGAGCAAGAGGCCUGGGAUGUGGAUGAUGUUGAACUUGAAUUCUUUGAUAUUAACUGCGUGACUGAGCAACGAGAAGAGGAAGAACCAAAGCCAGAAGUAUUGUCAACUCAGGCAAGCUGUUCCAACUGCCUUCCUACCAAUCAAAGCCCUCUUAUAGAUGCAGAGGAAAGGGCCCUUCUCAAUCUGCUUAAAUUUGACAAUAGAGGUCCGCGAGGGUCGCGCUGGAAUGCUCCUGGAGUAUCAAGGCGUUAUGUUACACUGGUGGAAUGGCCAAAGCGAGGAGAUGAGUCCGACAAACACAAAGAUAGGAUGAAAAAGAGAGCUCGCUUUGAGAAAACCAGCAGUAUGCUGGAGAGAUUGCAGAGUUGCUUAACUCGUGCAGAAGCUCACAAGGCUGCCGCUGCUUCUCUUGACAGUGCAAAAGCCUUAGAAGAAUCUCUGUCCAAUGGAAGUCAUCCUAAGGUGUCCAGAUCUGCUGCAGCAGGCAAUGUCAGACCUCACCGCAGAGGUGCUUCACUACCCAGCUUGGAUGGAGGUGAUGGCAAAAAUCGCGCUUCACUCAAAAAAACAGGUUCUGCAGCUAGUGUUUGUGUCAACUCAGGAUUGCAAGUGCCAGGUGCAACUUGGAACAUCCCCCCUGACCAUGAUGAUGGGUGUGGCAGCCCUGAACCGGACCUGUCGGUACCCCAUCACUUGCCAGAAAUGGACACGGAUAUUCCACGUUCCAGGCCUAAAGAUACUAAACGAAAGGUGCACAGAGCAAACACUACUCACUCCACAGUUGGAAGUGAAGGCCUCCAGUUAAGUUCUCAAUUGCUGUCAGACCUUAAACGAGCCUCGACCAUUAAUAAAACGUACAGAAUGAGAUACUCUGCCACCGAGGAAGAACUCUUGCAAUCUUUAAGCGAUGCUCACAGUGUUCCUGCGCAAGUUCACCGCCAGGUGGAUCUUCCAUCAUCCGAUGGUACAGAUAACUCGUUCAAUUCUUCACUGAGUGCAUUGCACAGCUCAUCAGGUGAUGAAUAUCACAUGGUACAUAACGAUCAUGACGACCUCACUAAUGUGCACAGUGCCAACUCACCGGCGAGUACCCCACCCCCCAUAGUAAUGAACAGAAAGAGGAGCUCACCAGCUGGCAGCAACAGCAGCACAGAGCUUGAGGACAGUCCCGGCUCAGUAGCGUUUACUGGUGGCUCAAGCCCGUCACUAAAUGACAGCAGUGCAGAAGAAGAUAGAGCAAAAAGUGAUAAAUAAUGCAGUCGAACUGGGACUGCUUUCAGUUGAUGAUUAGACACAUAAUUAUUGUAGUGAGUUUAAUAAAACAAUUAUUAUUGAUACAAA